AAUAGAUAUAGGUUUUGAAUGCCAAUACAUUGCAGCUUGCAGGGAUGGCUGAUACAUUACUGCAACAAGUAAUGUUACAAGUGCAUAAGUGUGUUUUUUAAUAUCAGUGUUUCUGUUUUUGUGAGCUAGAGGGGCUUGAAUGUGUCAUGUCUAUUGGGUUUUGUGCAUGUCAGAGCAGGAAGCUUUCUGUAUGUCAUAAUGUCUUAAGUGUGUGACUGAGUAUUGUUGUAAAGAUAGAACAGUGUAACACAAUAUGGGCCUUUUGGCCCAUGAUGUGGGCUGAAAGGAUGUGUUUGUAAGUGUACAGAAGUGUGUCUGAUGUUAUUAAAUGAGUGCAUAAAUGUAACAAGCACAAGACUGUAAAUGCUGUAAUGUGGAGCAAUAAUGUACAAAAGUGUAGUAUAAAAUCAGAAUCUGGUUUAUUAUCACUAGCGUGUGUCAUGAAAUUUGUUAACUUAGCAGCAACAGUUCAAUGCAAUACAUAAAAUAGAAGAAAAAAGUAAACCAAUUACAUAUGCAUAUCAAACAGAUUAAAAAUUGUGCAAAAACAUACAUUAAAAAAGCAAGGUAGUGUUCAUAGGUUCAAUGUCCACAUGUACAGCAGCUACUGACUCCUAUCAAUCCUGCCUGUUCUUUCCUCAAAGAAUUCCAACAGAUUUGUCAGGCAAGAUUUUCCUUCAAGGAAACCAUGCUCACUUUGGUCUGUUUUAUCAUGUGCUUCUAAGUACCCUGAAAUUUCAUCCUUAAUAAUGGACUUCCAACAUUUUCCCACCCACUGAAGUCAGACUAACUGGGCUAUAAUUUCCUGUCUUCCUCCCUCCCUCUUUAGAAUCUAGUGAUUUUUGAAAUGUGUCUCCACAAUCUCUUCAACUUCUUUCAGAACUUGGGGAAUAGUUCAUCUGGUCCAGAUGAUCUAUCUACCUUAAGACCUUUCAGCUUCCCCAAGCACCCUAACCUUAGUGCUUACUUCUGCUUCCUGACACUCUUGAAUUUCCGGCAUGUUGCUCUUGUCCUCCACAAUGAAGACUGACAAAAUAUAAUUUGUCUGUCAUUUCUUUGUCCUGCAUUACUACCUCUCCAGCGAUAUUUUCCAGCAGUCUGAUAUCCAUUGCCUCGUUUGCUCUUUGUAUAUCCGGGGGAAAAAACUUUUGGUAUCCUCUUUUGUACUAUUAGCUCGCUUACCUUCAUAUCUUUUCUCUCCAAGGACUUUUUAGUUGCCUUCUGUUGGUUUUUAAACCCCCCCCCCCCCCCCCAUCCUCUACCUUCCCACUAAUUUUUGCUAUAUUAUACAUCCUCUUUUGCUUUUAUGUUGUCUUUGACUCCCUUGUUUAACCACAGUUCUCUCUUCCUUCCUUUAGAAAACUGCUACUACUUUAGGAUGUAUCUAUCUUGUGCCUUCCAAAUUGUCCCCAGAAACUCCAGCCAUGGUUGUUCUGCUGUAUUCCCUGCUGUGUCCCCUUCCAAUCAACUUUAGCCAGCUCCUCACUUACGCCUCUGUAAUUCCCUACUACUAAUACAUCUGACUUCUCCCUCUCAACCUGCAGGGUGAAUUUUAUCAUAUUUUGAUCACUGUUUCCUAAGGGUUCCUUUACCUGAAGCUCCCUAAUCAAAUCUGGUUCAUUAUGCAAUGCCCAAUCCCCUAUUGAGGUCAACCACGAGCUACUCUAAAAACCCAUCCCAUAGGCUACAAACUCCCCCUCGGGAUUUAGCACAAGCUUGAUUUUCCCCAUCUACGUGCAUAUCAAAAUUCCCCAUAACUAUCGUAACAUUGCCCUUUUUACAUACCUUUUCUAUAUCCCCUUGGAAUUUGUACCUCAAAUCCUGGGUUAUAGUUGGAAGUCUGAAUAUAACUGAACAUAUCAGGGUCUUUUCACCUUUUGCAGUUAACCCCCCCUGAACCAAUUCAUCAGCCAUGCAUUCAUCUGCCAAAUGAUUCUAUUUUCACCGUUACUGGUAUGUGGCACAGGUAGCAAUCUAGAGAUUAUAAUCUGAAGGUCCUGCUUUUCAGCUUUCUACCUAUUCCCUAUAUUCUCUUCAGGACUUCCUCCCUUUUCCUAACGAUGUUGGUUAUCACCUUCUGACCACGCACUUCCCCCCCCCCCACCCCCAAGAAUGCUAUGGACCUGAUCUGGGACGCCCUGGCACCUGGGAGACAACAUGCCAUUCAGGUGUCCCUUUCGCAUCUACAGAAUCUCCUGUCUGCUCUUAACUAUGGAAUCUGCAGUCACUACUGCACUCCUCUUCUUCCACCAUCCCUCCCUGAGCCAAACUCAGUGCCAGAGACAUGUCUGCUGUAGCUUUCUUCUGCUAGGUCACCCCCCCCCCCCUCCACACCAGUAUCCAAAGCCUGUUGUUGAGGGGUACAGCCACAGGUGUAUUGGCUGUCUAUCCCCCUUGCCUCUCCUGAUGACCACCCUGUUUAUAUGCUUUGCACUUGGGAGUAACUACCUUCCUGUAUAGCCCGUCAAUUAACCCUUCAGCCUCCUGAAUGAUCCAGAGUUCAUUCAGCUCCUGCUCCAAUUCUGUAACAGGGUCAAAAGAAGCUGCAGCUGGAUGCACUUGCAGGUGUAGUCAUCAGGGACACUGGAGGUCACCCUGCAUUCCCACAUUCUACAAGAUGAACAUUCUAUUAUCCUGCCUGGCAUCCCCACUGCUCAACUGUGCAAAAAGAAAGAGAGAGAAUUAAAUGGAAUAACAUCAGGUAUAUUGCAUGGAACCAUGCCUUUUGGCAUUGUGCAUCUAUAUCAACCAAAUUGUUGACUUGAACUAGUUCCACUUCCUCAUUUAUCCAAUAUCCUUCACACAUUUUCAAUGUAUAUACCUGUCCAAAGUUUUAAACAUUGUAAUUGUACCUACCACUGGUGUUAAUAUGGUGUCACCUGGUAAUAUAAAUGACAAUACACUCUGAUCUUCAACUUCCAGGGCCUUCCAUUUACCUCAUGCCCUGACCUGACUGAACUUAUCAAAAUGCAACACCUUACACUUGUCUGAGAUAAAUGCCAUUUCCCAUUCCCUGGUCCACUUCUCAAGUUGGUUUAAAUCCCCCUUGGAAACUUAGAUAAACCUCUUCACUGUCUUGGUGCUGUUCACAAACCUACUAAGAUGUUAACAAGAUUGUCAUCCAAAUCCAAAUAAGAGGCAAUCAGCUGUUGACCUAGCACCAAUCCCUAUCUGAUCACUGGCCUCCCAAAUGGAAAAAAACAGCCCUCCAUUACCACCCUCUGUCAAGCAUCCACUUUGGCUAAAUGAUCCCCAUGUGAUCUGUCUUUCUGGACCAACAUACCAUGUGGGGCCUGGCCAAUCUUCUUGGUCACUUCUUCACUUAUGAGACAUUAUCUCCAACUUACACAGUUAUGCUGACUAUCCCCAAUCAGUUCUGGCCUUUCCAAAUGCAGGUAGAUACUGUCCUUCAAAAUCCCUAACAGUAAUUUUCCCAUCACGAAUGUUAGGCUCACAGUUUAUAGUUCCCUGGCCUGUCCUUGCAGCCCUUUCAGGACAACAUUAGUCCCCUUAGGUCUUCUGGUACCUCACCUAUAGCUAAAGAUGAUACCAAUAUAUGUGCGGGUGGGGCGUAUGUGUAUUUUUGUGUGGGGGAUUUGGCAGCUAUGUCUGUAUGGGGAGGGAGGACGUGUUUGGUGAGGUCUUCCCUCUGGCAUCCGCUUCCUUUCACAGCCCUUUCACUACCCCUUCCCCUCCCACUACACCUUUCUCACUGCUCCCCAACCCGUCCACUCCCCGGUUACCAGCCGCCCGGCGAUGGGAAGCUCUGACAAAACCACGUCGGCACAGCGCACACGGCCGGAUUGCUAACAAGGAGGGGGCGAGCCGGUGCGGGGCCGGGAUCCUUCACGAGUCCCGCACCGCUCGACUGACGGCGCUUUCCCACGGUCCUAGAGAGCGCCGGGAGCAGGCAGGCGUUGGAGAUCGGAGUGUCGGACAGACGGCAGGAGGUGGCGGAAAACCGGGGCGUCCAUCGGUCGGGAGGGAGGGCAGAGAAGGGAGACCGUAACGUCCGUGAAGCACCGGCGGGCGGGGAGACCGGUUCAUCUGUCGGUCGGCGGUGGCAGAUCUGUUUGCCGGUUGGUCAGGCGGCGGGGAGCCAGAGCAUCCUCGGGAUAAGAGGAGCCAGGGGAACGACCUCAUCGUCGGGGGACCGGGGGCUGGUGCCAUGGACGGGAGCAGGGUCUCGGAGGGCAGCGACGGCCCCACUCACCCCGCCACGCUGGAGGCGUUCGCCAACCGUUCCACACUGCACGGCAUCAGCCACAUUCUGGGAUCGGGGCCCGCCGGACUCCGCCGCCUGCUCUGGGCCGCCUCCUUCCUGGCCUCGGUCAGCCUGCUGGCCCUGGUGUGUCUGGAGCGAGUCGCGUUCUACCUGGAGUACCCGCACGUAACCAAGCUGGACGAGGUGUCUGCUGCCAACCUUACCUUCCCCGCUGUCACUAUCUGCAACCUCAACGAGUUCCGCUUCUCGCAGAUCACUCAAAACGACCUGUUCCACGUGGGCGAGUUGCUGGCGCUGCUCGACCGGCGGCAUGAGAUCAGCCGACCCGCCCUAGCCGAGGCCCGCGCCCUGGCCGUGCUGCAGAGACUCGCCAACUUCCGACACUUCAGGCCCGGGCCCUUCAGCAUGGCCGACUUCUACAACCGCACUGGCCACGCUCUACGGGACAUGCUACUGAUGUGCACCUUCCGGGGAAGCAACUGCACACACCGCAACUUUAGCACAGUGGCUGACCGUAUCGACUACUAUACCCAGUACCACCAUGUCACCACCCUGGACGAGUUGGACAGCUCCAACAUGGUGUUCCCUGCCGUCACCUUCUGCAAUCAGAACAGCUUCCGCAAGUCCCGCCUAGACCAAAAUGAUGUAUACUGGCUGGGCUCCUUGUUGGGGGUCCAGCGACCUGACUUCUCUGCCUUCCUGCAAGCCAUCGGGCAGAACCCCGAUCUGUCCCGCUUCCUCCCCACCAGGACGUAUGACAUGACCGAGCUCUUCGACCGGGCAGGACACGACAUUUCUGAGAUGCUGCUCGACUGCAAGUACCGCGGUGAAGAGUGCACAGUCGAGGAUUUCACCACAAUUUUCACUCGGUACGGGAAAUGCUACACCUUUAACUCAGGGAAGGAGGGUUAUCCUCUCCUCACCACGAUGAAGGGCGGCACCGGCAAUGGCCUAGAGGUGAUGCUGGACAUCCAGCAGGACGAUUACCUGCCCGUGUGGGACAAGACCGAGGAAACGUCCUUCGAAGCUGGCCUUAAGAUCCAGAUCCACACGCAGGAUGAGCCUCCCUACAUCCAUGAACUUGGCUUCGGGGUGGCACCAGGCUUCCAGACCUUCGUCUCCACCCAAGAGCAGCGGAUACUCUACCUUCCACCUCCGUGGGGCGACUGCAGAGCAGCCACUCUGAAUUCUGGUUUCUUCAGCACCUACAGUAUCACGGCAUGCAGGAUCGACUGUGAGACGCGGUACCUGGUGGAGAACUGUAACUGUCGCAUGGUACAUAUGCCAGGUAAUGCAGAUGUCUGCACUCCUGAGCAGUACAAGAAUUGUGCUGAUCCAGCUCUAGAGUUUCUAGUAGAACAGGACAGUAAAUAUUGCCUUUGUGAGACCCCAUGUAAUGUGACACGAUUUGGGAAGGAGAUUUCCAUGGUGAAGAUACCCAGCAAAGCCUCCGCAAAAUUUCUCGCCAAAAAGUUUAAUAAAACAGAGCAAUACAUAGCGGAGAACAUACUGGUUUUGGAUAUUUUCUUCGAGGCCCUUAACUACGAGACCAUCGAACAGAAGAAAGCUUAUGAGAUGGCUGGGCUGCUAGGUGAUAUCGGUGGACAAAUGGGCUUGUUCAUUGGAGCCAGUAUUUUAACCAUUCUGGAAAUUAUUGACUAUUUAUAUGAGGUUUUAAAGGACAAAAUGUUGAGUUAUGUGAAGCGCAGGAAGAGGCCAAAGAGGAGCCACUCUGACAACCUGAGUACCUGCGACACACUGCGGAGCCACUCAGACAGUCUGGGCUUCACCCCCAACGUGCUACCCCGCCACCACACCCUGGGUAACUUUGAGGAGUUUGCUUGCUGACACCCUGGGAAAGAUGGUGGGUCGGUGGGGAAGGAGGACAGGCAGCAGUAGGGAGAGGAGAAGCACUGCAUGGCGCCGCUUCGAGUCAAUCCCAACAGAGGGGACGUGGCGGAGACCAGGGACUGAUCGCUGACCCCUCUCCUACACUAGAAGUCAAGCACUCCACAGUGCCACUGGUAAAUAUUUGCUGUAAUUACUGUACAGGAGACACCUCUAUCAACACUUCCAUCUACCUCCACCCUUCCACAUCUUGGUUAACAGUUCCACCAGUAUCACCUCCCUCCCACCCCUGGCAAUAUGUCAUCUUUGUGGUCUGGAUUGAUCCCUCUUGAGGUUUGAAUUUGGAGGGGUUAGGGAGAGCAAGAUGGAGUUUCUGGCCUGGAGAUUUCAGACUCUUGUUUUCCAGGGUUUCAGAGUUUCCUCAUUCCCUCUGGCAUGGGUUUGACUGUGGGGAAGGGUAGUGGGACAGAAUAGUUCAACUCCAUGCUUGGCUCUGCUGCAUGUAUUCCCUGCACCCCCCCCCCCCCAAUCUUGUGCUGGGACCAUCACCCUCUGCCCUAGGCUCAGGUGGAAAAGAGCCUGAGGGUCAGAAAGGUCAAUGGCCAGACUAGCACAAACCCACAACCUGAGAAUGACCCAAUCCCCAGUUUAAUGGUUCAGAAGGAGUGGUGGGUCGAGUGGGUGGCUCUGGAGUUACUGUACCUGAGAAGGUAAAACACAGGGAAGUGGGAGAGACUGCAGUAUUUGUAAGUCACAGUCAUACAGCAUGGAAAUGGGUCAAUCACAUCCCACUGGACUAGUGGGUGCCAGAUGAAUUAUUUGCAAUUGUAUUUAUUUAUUAAUUAAUGUUAAGAUGCGAUGCAAAACCUUUGUUUACACACCAUCCAGUGUGUUUAUUCUUGGCUUUACUGCUUGAAUAUGGGAUUUUUUCUAAAAUGUGUGGGAGGGUGAUCUUCAGUUUGGCCCCCAUACUGACACAGGGCUAUGGUUUAAUAUUUUAUUAAGAGAAAGUGCCUCUACUAACCCCCCCUUCCACAGUGCAACAAUCCCUCAGUACCUCCCUCAGCCCUGCCUCUUCCAUUAUGUUGCUCCUUUAACAUUGCUCUUCCCACUGUGUGAUACUUCUUAGUACUACCCAUCUCAGCACAGCCCCUCACACAAGGUGGCCCUUCCUCAGCACAGUAUUUCUCAUGUUUUGGGUCUGUGGAUUAUUUAGUGGUCUGUAUGUAUUGCCUGGAUAGUGUUGUACAAGCAUCUGCCAUGUCUUUGUGUGACAUGGGGAGUGUGAAACCUCCAGGCUUCAGGACAAUCUACAUUAACCUCAGUUGGCCCCAUUGGAGGUUUUACUGUGAAUUUCAUUUACAGAUGCAGCCCACAGUGAUAAUACCUCACCCUGUGUUUAGAACCUCUUCACUCCAACAGUCACAGCAUGUGAAGGACCGAUUGUAAGAUCCAACCACCUGAUCCCUUGCUCCUCCUCUCCAGCUUACACUGGAUUGUUUUCACACCAAUUCCAUUCUGUCUUCCCCUCCUGUUCACAGUGAGAAAACCCAGCAAUUAGUUCCAGACCCACUAACUGGCUGGGAACAUUGAUUCUGAAAUCAGAAAAACAAAAUGUUAGAGGAACUCAGUUUUGAUCUGAUCUAGGGACUCAACCCAAAACCUGGAGAGAUCCUUUACCCCCACCCAACAGAUGCUGCUUGACACAGAGUUCCUCUAGCAGAUUAUUUAUUGCUCCGGAUCCAGCAUCUGCAGUCUCGUCUUGUCUUUAUUCUGAACAUUCCUCCCAGCCCAUUAAUAGCUUCAAUCCCAUCCACUCCUCUUGUCAUUGACCUCUCCGCCGAGGGAAAUAUGACUGUCUCAGUCCCUGUUCUGUACCAACCCCAGCAGUCACAGCCAGGUCAGUGAUUGCUGGACACCUGUUCCCAUCCAAGCUAUCUGCCCACAGUGACUCACUACGUGAAUGAAUGUAUGUGUACUGUAUUGAUGUAGCUUCCCCUUCCACUGAAACCCCCUCCUCCCCAGCCCAGGUGUUUUCCCCACUGUCUGCAUGCUGACCAAUCAGUGUGAUCACCAACCAUCUCUCAUCCUUUGUGAAAUAUAUACAUAAACUAUACAGAAAUAUAUAAAUAUUCCAGUAAGACCAACUUCUGGCACAUUGUGAAUGUACUAAUGAUGUAAAAUUAAUUCAGGAAAUAAAUUGUACUCAUUUUAACUGGUGAAUGGGUGUGCUUUCCCAAUGACAUUCCCAGUCAUUCCUGAUUGGCUCUUUCUCUAAGCUUGAUGUCCUUAACUCCAAUUAGCAAUUGAUUUAUUAUUGUCACAUUACAGUGAAAAGCUUUUGGUUGUACACACCCCCAAAUAUCUAAUUAAGAGAUGAGUUGGCCUAUUGUGACUACACUAUCUCCUUGAGGGAAUGGUCAAAUCUGUCCCAGUCUCUUGUUCUUUGUGGGACUGUGGAAAAUAUUAAUCUGGCUCCCUACUGGAAGUUAUGAUGCCAUAGCUCUCAGAACUUGUAAAAUACACAUUCCACCAGUCUUUUCAUUCCUUCCUGGAGUUAUCCACCCACCAGGAGUAAUGACUGAAGGUUACUCCACACGUUUUUGGACUUCCUUAUAGCUGGAAGAGACUAGGAAUGAGAGGGGUCAAGGAAGCAGAGAGGGACAUAAAUCUAGGUACAUAGGCAUGACAGGAAAUAGGCCCAG